AGAAAUGGAAAGUUUUUUAGGUGAUGCACUAAAACGCAGCCCCAUUGAAUUUUUUUACACAAAUAACUCGACUAAGAAUGCAAGAUGACAUAAUUUAUAGCCAUCAAGGUUUGUUCAAAUUAUAUUGGAUACGAAAUAUUUCACGAGAUCAUUAUUUUAUGUGAUUAUCUGAGGCGCUAUCAUGAUGAAAAUACUGCAGUCUGUUAUCAAACACUUUUAUCAGCCGACAGUAAGCGCGAGAUCCGUUCAAAGCAGCAGCAAGUUACACCACUCUGAAAUUCCAGCACGAAAGCGAAAGCUGUUAAAAGUCACGACUAAGAAAUUACUGUUUCAAAUCAACAAAAAUGGAAAUCCAAUUAAAUAAAGAAGUACUGUUGGGACAAGGUGGCUUUGGUGCAGUGUUUUUGGGCACGUUUCAAGGCCGUGAAGUGGCAGUCAAAAGAGUUGAGCUUUUUCGUGCUAAUGAUAAAGAGGAGAAAAAUCUAAAACAGAUAGAGCAUCCUAAUAUCGUCAAACUCUUCCACGUCGAAUGCACCGACGAUUUCAAGCACUUUGCUUUGGAGCUCUGCAACGCAUCAUUAGAUCAGAUAUUUCUAGAGCCUAACGAUCCCAAAAGAUACAACGGGCCUAAACUGCCGUAUCAUUUUGAAAUUUUCUCCCAAUUGGCUUCGGGUCUUGAGCACAUUCAUUCAAAAAAUUUAAUUCACCGAGAUAUUAAACCGGAAAAUGUACUCAUCUCGGUCGAUUCCACCGGCCAAGAAGUUAAGGUAACAAUGAAAUGGGCUGAUUUUGGUCUUUCAAGAUCCGUGAAUGAACGCGGGACAUUCACGAUGAACAGUGGAGUAAAAGGAACAAGCUACUGGUACGCCCCUGAGUUGAUAAAAAUACUUUAUAGUUUUCGGUCGCAAUCGAUCACCAUGGAACAGCCAAGAGGUACCAUCAAAAGUGACAUAUUUGCUCUAGGCCUCGUCUACGCUUUUCUUCUUUUAAACGGAGAACAUAUUUACGGUUCUCGUGUAAAUGAAAUUCACGAAAACAUUUUGAAAAGGAAUGCAAUAAAUAUCAAUAAAUUAGAACAGACGCAUUACGCGUACGAUCUCAUUAACGAAAUGUUAAACAUGGAACCUAAUGAUCGAAUAUCUUCAUCGAAUGUAGUUGAACGACUCAAAUCAGAAAAACUUAAGCUUGCAGAGAGAGAAAAAGAAUUGUUGGAACUAUGUAAAAUAAAAGACCCAGUCACUUCCUUCCUUUUCCCAUGGACAAAAAAAAACGAAAAGUUAAGAGCCUUGAUCCGACAAGGAGUUGACGUGAACGUUAAGAAUAUUUACGGAAACAACGCACUCCAUUUCUUAUGUCUUAAUAAUUCAAGCGAAAGAUUAAUCGACGCAAUCAAAUUAUUAAUCCAACAAGGGAUUGAUUUAAAUGAGAAAGACAAAGAAGGAAGCAACGCACUCCAUUUAUUGUGUCAAUUUAAUUCAAGCGAAAGAUUAAUCGACGCAAUCCAAUUAAUAACCCAUCUCGGAAUCGAUCUCAAUAGCAAAGACAACUGCGGAGACAACGCACUCCAUUACUUAUGUCGUAAUAGUUCAAGUGAAAAACUAAUCGACGGAAUUAAAUUAUUAAUCCAAAUCGAAAUCGAUGUCAAUGGAAAAAACAACAACGGAAGCAACGCACUCCAUUUAUUGUGUCAAAAUAAUUCAAGCGAAAGAUUAAUCGACGCAAUUAAAUUAUUAAUCCAACUCGGAAUCGAUGUCAAUAGUAAAGGCAACGAAGGAGAUAACGCACUGCAUUACUUGUGUUUUAAUAAUUCAAGCGAAAGAUUAAUCGACGCAAUCCAAUUAAUAACCCAUCUCGGAAUCGAUCUCAAUAGCAAAGACAACUGCGGAGACAACGCACUCCAUUACUUAUGUCGUAAUAGUUCAAGUGAAAAACUAAUCGACGCAAUUAAAUUAUUAACUCAACUCGGAAUCGAUGUAAAUGAGAAAAACAAAGGCGGAAAUAAUGCACUCCAUUAUCUGUGUCAAUACAAUUCAAACGAAAGAUUAAUUGAUGCAAUCCAACUAUUAAUUAAACUCGGGACUGAAGUUAAUGGCAUCAACGUGCCAUCAAUUUUACGGCAAAACAUCGAUAUAAAUUCAAAUGAAAUAAUCGAACUCUUUCAUGAACUAUCCCUUUCAUAAACGUAUGUGCAUUAUUCUAAAAUGAUCAAUAGAACAACUUUCGUUUCUUGUAAAA